CUCCGUCGCCGCCGAAGGGAGUGUGUCGUUGCGCGUUACUGUUCCCCUCGUAACCGCGCCGCGACGGGUUACUCGCGCUUUCGUUAUCCUCACCAUCGUCGUCGUUGUCGUGUCGACUUGCCACCGUCCAUCUCGUCGUGAUUUUCUGUCAUGGAGACUCGUGCCUCCUGUGCGACGCGGUGAAGCGCAACGGGCGCUUCGCGCGGCCAACUUCAGGGUGCAGUGAAACGAAAGCGCCUUUUCGAGGCGUGCCGCGAAAUCACGAUUGCACAAUUUCGUAAAUCGAACGCGUAACAGUAAUCGCCCUUGGAUCUGACUCGUUCCCAGAAUCCACCUGAAGAGACAAGGAUAGCCGACAGUGCAGGACUCGACGGGGCGUAAGCCGAGGAUCGCACCCGUCGGCGGGACGCGCUUCGGCCGAGAUCGCCCGAUCGAGGACCCGCGGCCAAUAUCACUCGGCGUGCUCAAAUUUCUGGAAGUUUCGAGAUUGGGAUGUAACGAGGCUCGGACCUCGAGUGUGUUUUCGUGUGACAGUGACGGUGACAGUUUUGGUUCGGUUUCGAUUUUUCACCCUCCUGUGCGAUGUGCUACAAUCCCGCCAAUCUUCGCAUCCUUUAUCUCGCGUAGUCGGAGCUCGGAACCUCACGAUGGAGUGCCGCAAGGGUCGACGGAAAGGAGGAGCUCCGAUCCUCGGCAGUCUGCUACUUGCGUGGCUCUUAACCAACGGCUGCGCCGUCGUCGCGCGAAAUAUAGAGAGGUACGACACCGCAUACGCUUGCGAGGGCAAGACGUUGGAAAUCGAGUGCGGUGAGGGGAAGCUGAUUCACCUGAUACGGGCGAAUUAUGGCAGGUUCUCCAUUACGAUAUGUAAUGAGCACGGAAACACCGAGUGGAGCGUCAACUGCAUGUCGCCAAAAUCGUUCCGCGUGCUGAACAACGAGUGCAACGACCAGCAGAACUGCAGCAUCGUUGCGUCCACGCUGCAAUUCGGCGAUCCUUGCCCGAAUACACACAAAUAUCUUGAAGCGCACUAUCGGUGCGUGUCCGCGGCCACCACCACGACGACGUCUCGGCCGAGUCCACCGUGGUUCAUAACUUCUCAGCCGAGUGUCUGGAGCACCGCUAAACCGACUGUCAGGCCUCCCUCGAGGAUUACGACACCGGCGCAACAGCCACCCCAGCAACCACCAGCGCCAUCCACCCCGGCGAUGCCGAUAACGACGCCAGCGAGUUCUACAUCAACAAGAUCCGACGUCGAAGUCGAUGAGGAUCAGGACUUAAUACCUCCUGCGAAUGGUUCUCCAGCGAAUGGCCCGGCGAUGCCGCCGAUUAUGUUUGAAACCACUCAAGCCACGACAACGUCCACCUUUGUUCCCUGGAGAACUAGCCGAAGAACCACCGUACCCAGCACACUGUAUCCGGAGUCCAGUUCGAACGGCCAGUGGUACGACUAUGGUAAACAAGUGUGUCCCCCGGUGGUGGCCAGAAACCUGUCCUGGAACACGACCAGGGUCGGCGAAGUCGCCGUACAGAGCUGUCCCGGUGGUGCUAACGGUCUGGCUAGAUGGCGAUGCCUGGUUCGCGGAGAAUCCGCCUUCUGGCAUCGCGACAGUCCGGACUUGAGUGAGUGCCGGUCCGUCUGGCUGACCACCCUGGAGAACCGCGUGUCGGACGGCGACGUGAUUCUCGGCAUCAGCAGGGAGCUUUCACAGGUGACAAAUAACAGCCGCGGCCUGUACGGCGGCGACAUGAUGAUCACCACGAAGAUCAUCAAAAACAUGGCCGAGAAGAUGGCCUACGACAUCAAAACCUAUCUGGACCCGAAUCAGAGGGAGGUCAGCGUCACGGAACUGCUUCAGGGCGUAGUCAAGACCGGCAGUAACCUGCUCGACAAGGCGCAAAUGGCGUCCUGGAAGGAUCUCAGUCAUCAGGAACAGAUGAGGGUCGCCACGUCGCUGCUGAUCGGUCUUGAGGAGAACGCCUUUUUAUUGGCCGACACGCUUAUGCACGAAAAGACCAUCAUGCACGACGACAAAAACAUAUUGAUGGAAGUUCGCGUCCUGGACGCGCGCAACAUCGAGAACGAGCUGGAAGUUUUCCCGAGCGAGGCCGCCAAGCAAAAGUGGACCGUCUCGAACGAUCGCGUGGAACUUACCAGGGGCGCUUUGCUCGACAACAGCGAGGCCGGCAUCGUCCGGUUGGUCUUCAUGGCCUUUGACAGACUCGAGGAGAUACUGCAGCCGCAAGCGGAGCCGCCGUCCGUCGUCAUGAACGACGAUCCUCAGCCCUUACCGCGGAGGAACACCACGCGUCUCCUCAACAGCAAAGUUAUCUCGGCGUCCUUGGGAAAAGGCCGACACAUACAGCUCUCGGAACCCGUCCGGGUGUAUUUCAGACAUCUGGCGGUUGAGAAUGUCACCAACCCCACUUGCGUCUUCUGGGAUUACAUAUUGAGCGCCUGGUCGGACGAGGGAUGCCAGAUACAAAAGACCAACGAGACUCAUACGGUGUGCGAAUGCAAUCACCUGACGAACUUCGCCGUGCUGAUGGACGUGUACGCCGUCAGGCUGGACAUCGCCCAUCAGGUCGCCCUGCAGAUCAUCACGUAUAUAGGCUGCAUCAUUUCCGUCGUCUGCCUCGUCCUGGCCAUUCUCACGUUUCAAUUAUUUCGCGGACUGAAGUCGGACAGGACGACGAUCCACAAGAAUCUCUGCGUGUGCCUGCUGAUUGCCGAGGUACUCUUUGUUUGCGGGAUCGGCCAAACUAAUCAGAGGAUCGUCUGCGGCAUCGUGGCCGGCUUGUUGCACUUCUUCUUUCUCUGCGCGUUCGCAUGGAUGUUCCUUGAAGGAUUUCAAUUAUACGUUAUGCUGAUCGAGGUUUUCGAAGCAGAAAAAUCGCGGCUUCGAUGGUACUAUUUGGUCGCAUAUGGCGCACCGCUGCUGGUCGUGGCAAUUUCAUGCAUAAUCGAUCCGCUCAGCUACGGUACCGAUCGGUACUGCUGGCUGCGUGCGGAUAAUUAUUUCAUCUUCAGCUUUGUUGGACCUGUGAUACUCGUUAUACUGGCAAAUCUGGUAUUUCUAUCGAUGGCGAUCUAUAUGAUGUGUCGACACGCAAACACCACCGUGGCCAUGAAAAGCAAGGAACAUUCCCGAUUGGCUAGCGCAAGUGGAAAGGAAGAGAAUGCUCUUCCCAACAAAUUGCAAGCGCACUUGGCCUGGCUGCGGGGCGCUAUCGUGCUGGUGUUUCUACUAGGUCUGACCUGGACGUUCGGGCUUCUCUACUUAAACCAAGAGUCCGUCGUGAUGGCGUACAUCUUCACCGUAUUGAAUAGUCUCCAGGGGCUGUUUAUCUUUGUGUUCCAUUGCGUACAGAACGAGAAGGUGAGGAAGGAGUACCGGAAGUUCGUGCGCCGUCACUCCUGGCUACCGAAGUGCCUGAGGUGCUCGAAGACGGUGACGGGCGGCUCGGCCGGCUCCACCGGCGGCAGCGGCGGCACCGGCGGCGCCAACGGUGGCAAGGACUUCGCCUCGCACAACACCUCGUCGAACCCCUCGGCCCCGACCACCGACAGCUCCGGUCUGUCGGCUCACGCAGCCACCAAUUACUUGGUAUCCGGUCGAAGCUGGGCGAUAGUCGAUAGGCAGCCGACAGUAACGGUGCCAGGUGAACCCGCCUCGACCGAGGCUCACAUCGUGGCUACCCUGCCGUACGCACGUCACGCCUUCUUACCCUCAGCUCCCAAUAUCCCCAAAUCUGCCACUGCCACUUGGGGCCACCUUAACAAAAACCUCAUGUGGAAGAACAUUUCUUUUAAGUCUUACUCCCGCGACUCCGGACACGGCGGCUCCGAGCAGGAGGAUUCCCCGCGGACGCACAACACCCUGACGCUUGGCCACUCUGGUAGGAGACGCGGGCCGAACGACGUCGGCGAGAUGAACACCGGUACCAGGACGAUCGGCGGUAGGCGCGCCGCGAUGCCGUACAAUCAUACAUACACUGAGAUCGUGGACGGCCGUGGGAACGGUGGGGUCGCCGGGCAUCACCAGCUGCACGGCCACCACGGCCAACACGUGCAUCUGCCACGUGGUCUCACCAACGAGGACGAUCCGGUGUACGAAGAAAUCGAGCGCGGCGGCAGCGGCGGCGGCGGCGGCGGUGGCGGCGGCGGCGGCGGCGGAGGCGGCGGCGGCGGCAACGGCAUCAUUGGCGGUGGUAUCGGCGGUGUCAUCGGCGCCGGUGAGAUCCAAGUGUCGGAUAUGUCCGACGAGGACGGCCGCCGACAGAGCGACAUGAGCAGGCAAUCUUCCAGGAGUUACGGCGAUCACCGGCCGCUGAUCCCGUACUCGCCCGCUACCGACCGCAACCUGGUGCACUACGGCCAGGCGAUGACGGAACGCGGCGGCCAGGUCGGCGGCGGCGGUAAUCUCACCCACUACGACUCGACGGAGUACGGGCCGGCGAUGGAGCGAACCUUGAACGCUUGUUGGGAGAAGCUGCGCCGACAGCAGGCCAGGUACGAGCUCGGAGAUCUGCCGCGGCUACCGGCGGCGUACGGCAUGCCGCCGCAGCAGGACCACACGCGGACGGUAGCCGUCCUGGACGGGCACACCGUCGUCUGCCAUCUGCAGCCGCAGACGGACAUGUAUACGGGUCGCGGUAUGCCGCCGCCGUCCUACAGCGAGUGUUAGGUGGCCCGACCGUGACC